GGUACCCAAUUGAAAGCUACCAGUCCAUUUUGGACCAGAUAGUUCACUGCAUUCACAUGAGGGUACCCAAAUUGCUAUAUAUAAAUACAAUCUCACAUGCCCUAUUCUUCAUAUGGUAAAGCAAUUGGGAUAGAUUAAGUACCUGCUAAGAACAGAGUAGAAGAGAGAAUUAGGCAAUGCAAGAAUGAUUCAUUUGAAGCAAGGAGAUAUGCUUGCUCAAGUAGGAUCUGUAGUUGCUUGUUUAAUGUUUGUCUGGGCUAUGUUCAAACAGUACUUUCCUUAUGAACUGAGAGAUCGUCUUGAGAAGUACAAUAAACGAGUCUUCACUUUCGUUUACCCUUACAUUCAAAUCAAAUUCCAUGAGUUCACUGGAGAGCGUCUGAUGCGCAGCGAAGCUUACUCUGCUAUUGAGACUUACCUUAGCUCUAGUUCUUCUAUGCAGGCCAAGCGGCUCAAGGCUGAGGUAGUCAAGAACAAUCAGGCGCUUGUUCUGAGCAUGGAUGAUCACGAAGAGGUUGCUGACGAAUUCAAAGGAGUCAAGCUAUGGUGGGUUUCUAGGAAGAAUGCUUUCAAGUCACAGACAUUAUCUUUCUAUCAGGUCACAGAUGAGAAAAGGUACUACAAGCUCAAAUUCCACAAGAGACAUAGAGAUCUCAUCAUUGGGCCAUACCUUAAUCAUGUCCUGAAAGAGGGUAGGGCACUAAAGGCGAAAAAUCGCCAGCGGAAGCUUUACACUAAUAAUGGAUCUUACUGGAGCCAUGUAGUGUUCGAGCAUCCGGCUACAUUCAAGACACUAGCAAUGGAGCCAGAGAAGAAGAAGGAGAUAAUGGAUGACCUGAUCACAUUCAGCCAGUCAGAAGAAUUCUAUCAAAGAAUUGGCAGGGCCUGGAAGCGAGGUUAUCUCCUGUACGGUCCACCAGGGACCGGUAAGUCCACUAUGAUUGCAGCCAUGGCCAAUCUUUUGAAUUAUGAUAUUUAUGAUCUAGAAUUAACUGCUGUAAAGGACAACACUGAGCUGAGAAAGCUAUUAAUUGAGACAUCAAGGAAGUCCAUUGUUGUGAUUGAGGACAUUGAUUGCUCUCUUGAUCUCACUGGUCAAAGGAGGAAGAAAAAGGAGGAAGAAAAGGAGGGGGAUGAAAAGGAACAAAAACCAAAACUGCCAAAGGAAGAAAGAGAUAGCAAAAACAGCCAAGUUACUCUUUCUGGGUUAUUGAAUUUCAUUGAUGGGCUAUGGUCAGUUUGUGGAGGAGAAAGGCUAAUCGUCUUCACAACAAAUUUUGUGGAGAAACUUGACCCAGCUCUUAUCAGGAAAGGAAGGAUGGACAAGCACAUAGAGUUGUCCUAUUGCAGCUUUGAAGCGUUCAAGGUGUUGGCUAACAAUUACCUUCAGCUUGAAUCACAUCAGCUUUUUGCUAAAAUUAGUGACUUGUUGGGGGAAGCAAAAAUGACUCCUGCGGAUGUCGCUGAGCAUUUGAUGCCAAAGAUUGUUCCUGGAAAUGCUCAAGUCUGCUUGGAGAGUCUCAUUGGAGCCCUUGAAACGACAAAAGAGAAAGCGAAGUUGAAAGCCGAGGAAGAAGCACGAGAGAAGGAAGCAUCGUCAGCCAAAGAGGAAGCAAAAGAGGCAGACAACAAGGCCUUAAUAUUAGAAAGCUAAAAAAUCAAUGGUGAUUUGUUAAUAAAAUUGGCAGAAUUUAAGGAUUGAACAAGAACUAUUGUCUUGUCUCCAUGGUACUCGGCAGAAUAAGGCCAUGUCCUAUAGUGAAGAGGAAGAAGAGCUUGAUUGGGCUUGA